AUGCACAUGGAACAGCAAGUGUUGGUUUGUACACCGUUCAACUUGCCUCAAUCUAUGGCUUCACUGUUAUCUCUACUUGCAGUCCUUGUCAUACAGACCUUGUACGGCUUUACGGCCCAACACCGGGAUGAUUCCGUCGUUGAGGAAAUCAAAGCCGCCGUUCCAGAUAUCAAAUAUGUAUUCGACACGAUCGGGAAUCAAACAUCAUCAGUGAUUACCUCGAAAUCCAUUCAAGGUGAAGGCUACCUGUGCACUGUGCGGCGUGGGAAAGCUCACACAGAAAAUGUCGCUCCGGAGAUCCAUGUCACGGAUGUACUGGUCUGGACAGCAUUUCUGAAAGAGCUUAACUAUUGGAAGUUCCAUUGGCCUCACGACCAUGAGCUGGCUAGUGAACAGUUUGAGAAACUACCGGGGUGGUUGGAUGAUGCACCGUGA